UCAGUAGUAACAUUAGGAGCUGCUGCCGGAGGAUUACUAGGAGGCUAUCUUGUGGAUAAAGUUGGAAGAAAGCUGAGUCUAAUGCUGUGCUCAAUACCAUAUGUUUUUGGGUAUAUAGUUAUUGUAUCUGCUCAGAAAGUUUGGAUGCUUUAUUUUGGACGACUGCUGACAGGCUUAGCCAGUGGAGUUACUUCACUUGUUGUUCCAGUGUAUAUAUCUGAAGUAUCUUAUCCUAAAGUCCGUGGUAUGCUUGGCUCUUGUGUUCAGUUGAUGGUGGUGAUUGGCAUACUGGGAGCCUAUGUUGCAGGAAUAACACUAAGAUGGCGCUGGCUGGCAGUGCUGUGUUCUUUUCCACCCUGCAUAAUGCUAUGCUUCAUGUCCUUCAUGCCUGAAACACCGAGAUUUCUGCUGAGUCGGAAGAAACACGCGGAAGCCAUAGCUGCUUUGCGCUUUCUGCGAGGACCACAUGUGGACCAUGAAUGGGAAUGUAGGCAGAUUGAAGCUAGUGUUCAGGAAGAGGGACUGAGUUUAUCUGAAUUUAAGAACCCCUCAAUCUACAGGCCACUUCUUAUUGGUGUAGCUCUAAUGUUCUUCCAGCAAGUAACAGGCAUUAAUGCAGUUAUGUUUUAUGCAGAAACUAUCUUUGAAGAUGCAAACUUCAAGGACAGCAGAAUGGCUUCUGUUGUUGUGGGUUCCAUACAAGUAUGUUUCACUGCUGUGGCUGCACUUACCAUAGAUAAAACUGGACGAAAAGUGCUGCUUUUCAUAUCUGGGAUAAUCAUGGCUCUCAGUACUACAUUGUUUGGGCUUUACUUUAAAAUGGUCCUUCCAAAUCUAAACAACUCAUCAAAUCCUGAUCUGUGGUUCACUCUAAAUUCAGCAAAACCAGGAACAGAAAGCAGCAUAUCCUGGCUUGCAGUAGUGAGCCUAGGGCUCUUUGUUGCUGGUUUUGCCCUUGGCUGGGGUCCUGUUCCAUGGCUGGUGAUAUCUGAAAUUUUCCCACUUAAAGCUAGAGGCAUACUGAGUGGUGCUUGUGUGUUAACAAACUGGGUUAUGGCCUUCUUGGUAACCAAAGAAUUUAAUGAUUUUAUAGGUUUCUUAACGUCCUAUGGCACGUUCUGGCUCUUCUCUGCCUUCUGCUGCCUCAAUGUAACUUUUACAGCCUUUUAUGUUCCUGAAACGAAAGGACAGACCCUGGAACAAAUUGAGGCCUACUUCAGAAGAUCUUAAGCCUAA